AUGCUUGGAAAGUACAACGAGGCAGAACAGAUGUACCGGCAGACACUGGAGCUGAGGGAGCGGAUAUUGGGCAGAGAGCAUCCCUCCACACUUGGCAGCAUGAAUAACCUCGCAAUUGUUCUUAAUAACCAAGGGAAAUACAAAGAGGCAGAACAAAUGCAUCGUCAGACACUGGAACUGAAGGAACGGAUGCUGGGCAGAGAGCAUCCCUCCACACUUGGCAGCAUGAAUAACCUCGCACUUGUUCUUAAUAGCCAGGGGAAAUACAAAGAGGCAGAGCAGAUAGAUCAUCAGACACUGGAGCUGAGGGAGCGGAUACUGGGCAGAGAGCAUCCCGACACACUUAACAACAUGAAUAACCUCGCACUUGUUCUUAAUAGCCAAGGGAAAUACAAAGAGGCAGAGCAGAUAGAUCAUCAGACACUGAAGCUGAGGGAGCGGAUACUGGGCAGAGAGCAUCCCUCCACACUUGACAACAUAAAUAACCUCGCACUUGUUCUUAAUAGCCAAGGGAAAUACAAAGAGGCAGAGCAGAUAGAUCAUCAGACACUGGAGCUGAGGGAGCGGAUACUGGGCAGAGAGCAUCCCGACACACUUAUGAGCAUGAAUAACCUCGCAGGAGUCCUUCGAAAUCAGGGGAAGUACGAAGAGGCAGAGCAAAUGCAUCGUCAGACACUGGAACUGAAGGAACGGAUACUGGGCAGAGAGCAUCCCGACACACUUAUGAGCAUGAAUAACCUCGCAGGAGUCCUUCGAAAUCAGGGGAAGUACGAAGAGGCAGAGCAAAUGCAUCGUCAGACACUGGAGCUGAGGGAGCGGAUGCUAGGCAAAGAGCAUCCUUCUACAUUAAGAAGCAAAGCGAACUUAGAUGCUUGCUUACAAGCCAAGAUAGGUAAGGGGUUAUGA